AUGCCUUGGAUAAGUCCGUUGGCCCGGAUUAGGGAUGCUUGGAAUGGUCAAAAGGCACGGGAUAAGGAUUUACGCAACUUGGUGUCCAACUUGCCUUAUGAAGGACUGCACAAAUGGAAGCAACCAAACCGGCACUUCCCCAGCAAUGGCAUCAAGACAACCAAAUACACCAUUCUCUUCUUCUUACCCAUGAAUCUCUAUGAGCAGUUCCAUCGUCUGGCAAACUUGUAUUUUGUCGGUUUGGCUAUUUUGAACUUUGUGCCUGUGGUGCAAGCUUUCCAGCCCGAAGUAGCCAUGAUCCCUAUUUGUGUGAUUCUGGCUCUGACGGCCAUUAAAGAUGCUUGUGAGGACUUCAGGAGGUACCUGUCGGACAAGAGGCUCAACGGGAUGCCAUGUUUGGUGUACAGCAGGAAAGACAAGUGUUUUGUUGAGAAGCGUUGGCGGGAUGUUUGCGUGGGGGACUUUGUGAAGGUUGAGUCCAAUGACAUCAUCCCAGCAGACCUCCUGCUCUUGCACACGUCAGAUCCAGACGCAGUGUGUCACAUCGAGACGGCCAACCUGGACGGAGAGACCAACCUGAAGCAGAGGCGAGCCGUGCCUGGGGUCUGCAUCACAAAUCCUGAAUUUGAACCUGAAUCUUUUACUGGCAUUGUAGUCUGUGAGAAACCCAACGACAAUCUCAAUCACUUCAAAUGCUACGUUGAGAAGUUGGAUAAGGAAAAAGUCGGAGCUGGAAUUUCCAAUCUGCUGCUGAGAGGCUGCACUAUGAGGAACACAGACUUUGCGAUUGGCUUUGUUGUGUAUGCAGGCCGGGAAACUAAAGCAAUGCUCAACAACAAUGGACCGCGAUACAAGCGCAGCAGACUGGAGCGGAGACUUAACAUUGACGUGAUUUUCUGCAUCAUUCUGCUCUUCACAAUGUGCAUCAUAGGAUCUCUAGGACAUUACUUAUGGCUGGAUUCGAUGUCCAGUGUGCCCCUUUACUUGGUCCUCGGUAGUGCCCUGGACAAUCCCAGCCAGUCCAGUUUCUACAAGUUCUUCAGCAUGCUCAUACUGUUACAGGUUUUGAUUCCCAUUUCCCUCUAUGUGUCCAUUGAGAUGGUGAAGAUUGCUCAGAUUUAUUUCAUCACAAAUGACCUAGAUUUGUACGAUGAAGAAACAGACACUUCAAUACAGUGCAAGGCCCUGAACAUCACAGAGGACCUGGGACAGAUCCAGUACAUCUUUUCAGACAAGACCGGCACACUCACCGAAAACAAGAUGGUGUUUCGCCGGUGUUCUAUAAUGGGAACAGAGUAUUCCCAUAAAGAAAAUGGUGUUCGUUUAUCUGCUGUAAACAAGCCUGAGGAGGAUGAAGAUGUCCUCUUCAGCCAAUCCUUUCUAUCCAGUAAACCAGGCUGGUCUCUGGACUCCGAGGACUCCGAAGUCUCCAAUUCUCAGGAAAAGAAAAGUGACCAAAGGCACAGAAGCAAAGACCAUGCCAAAAGUGAUGCCGCCUUCAGCAGCCCACUGGAAACUGAGGUCAUCCCAGACCAGAAGCUCCUUCAGCGGAUCAAGGAGACAGAGAGGAUAGAUGCCUACCUGGACUUUUUUCUGGCUCUCGCCAUUUGCAACACUGUGAUGGUUUCCAUGGCAACAGCAAAGAGACCGAGGAACCCUCAUUUUGUACAAAACCGCAAGUCUAAUCCAUUGGACACUUUGUCCAGUUUGGUGAAAAAAGCUGGUUCAAUCCGGGAGACUCUGAGUUCAUGGACUCGCCCAAGAGCCCAUACCUCUUCAGACAUAAUCCUGACUGCACAAGAUCAGUCUAGAGACCCCACUGAGGGACAGACAUGUUCCCUCCACGUCCCACCACAGGGCCCUACUCCAGCCGUGUCUCUUAAUCAGCUCUGCUAUGAGGCCGAGAGUCCAGACGAGGCUGCUUUGGUGCAUGCAGCUAAGGCAUAUGGCUUCAUCCUUCUGUCCCGGACUCCUGACAGCGUCACCGUGGGCCUCCCGUCUGAAGCACGCCUCAGCUUUCAGGUGCUGGACACUUUGGCCUUUGACUCGAACAGGAAGAGGAUGUCAGUAUUGGUAAGACACCCCAUCUCCAGGGAGUACAUCCUCUACACUAAAGGAGCAGACUAUGCCAUCAUGGAGCUUCUUGGCACGCCUUGUGAUGAAAAGUUGCAGAAGGCUAUAGCAUCUGAGACUCAGCAGCAUUUAGACUGCUAUGCUAAAGAGGGCCUGCGCACACUCUGCAUCACCAAAAAGGUGCUGAGUGACAGCGAGUAUGAGAGCUGGGCAGUGACGAGGCAACACGCUCUGGCUGCGAUGGACGACAGAGAGCAGCUCAUCAUGGAAUCAGCUGUACAAAUAGAGACCAACCUUUGCCUGUUGGGGGCGACAGGUGUGGAGGACCGUCUUCAGGACAGCGUCCCAGACACUAUCAUGGCUCUGCGGGAGGCAGGCAUCCGAGUGUGGGUUCUGACGGGAGACAAGCCUGAGACAGCGGUCAACAUCGGCUAUGCCUGCAGGCUGCUGGAGCAGGACGACCUGGUCAUUAAUAUGAGCUGCAAGAACCAGGUCACGUGCACCUCCAUCCUGGACUGUACUCUGGAGGAGGUCAGGAGGUACAGCAAUAACCCCCUUAACGUGGACACAACGCCGGACAUUUCUCUGGUGAUCGACGGCCAGACCCUGACCAUGGCGAUGUCUCCGGACUUACGGGAACGCUUUAUAGAUCUGGUGAAACACUGCCGCUCAGUGCUGUGCUGCAGGGUCACUCCGCUCCAGAAGAGUGACGUGGUGAAGCUGAUCAGAGACAAGCUCCAGGUCAUGGCGCUCGCAGUGGGUGACGGAGCCAACGACGUCAACAUGAUCCAAGCUGCUGACAUCGGAGUGGGAGUGUCGGGCCAAGAGGGGAUGCAGGCGGUCAUGGCCAGUGACUUUGCUAUUUCUCGCUUCAAGCAUUUAAAAAAACUUCUCCUAGUUCACGGACACUGGUGCUACAGCCGACUAGCCAACAUGAUCAUUUAUUUUUUCUACAAAAAUGCGGCAAAUGUCAACUUGCUCUUUUGGUUCCAGUUCUUCUGUGGCUUCACCGCUAAUGCAAUGAUUGACCACUGGCUGAUGAUUUUCUUUAAUCUUUUCUUCACCUCUGUCCCUCCCGUAAUGUUUGGCAUUAUGGACAAAGAUUUGUCUGCAGAGAUGCUGCUGGGUCUUCCUGAACUAUACAGAACAGGACAAGGCAAAGGGACAAUCGUGCAUGCAGCCAUCAUUUUGGGAAGUGUAGCUUUGUACUUCACUGUGACACUGGCUUAUGGUGCCAUGUACCUAAACAACAGUGGCUACUGGAAUCUGCAAGCCCAAAUGGCAGACCCCAUGUUCUACCUGGUUUGUUUCAUCUCUACUGUUGUAGCGCUACUGCCCAGGUACCUGUUCCACGUGCUGAAGAACUCUAUCGCCCCCUCCCCGAUUGGUCAGGCCCGGCGUUUGGACACACUGGAGCCCUCCAUACGAGACCAAUGGAUUAAGGAGUGGAGGAGCUUCAGGGGUGGGGUGCAAGACAAAACCUCGGAUGUGCCAAUCCCACCCUCUCCGUCUCUGGAGAGUCUUGAUGAUGACUCUAUUAUGGAGGAUGACUUCACUCUUAACGUGGUGACAGAGAAGCAACAGAGACCUGCGAAUCUAUGA